UCAGACAUGAAACUACUUACACUAGUUUUAAAUGUAGCUUGUCUAACGACAUGUCGGGCAGGUUAUUCCACCAAACAAUGGAAUCAACUUCAGGAAAAAUCGAAAAUGUGUCAGAAGCAACUACAGUUGCCAAAGGAGAGUGACAUCCCAGCUCGAGCUCAUCGUGGCGAUGUAACGAAUGACACGGAAUUGUUCAAGAAGUUCGUGCUCUGCGAAUCAAUGAAUAUGGGCAUAGUGGAUGAAAAAGGAGUACCGAUCAAACAGGUACUCGUAGAUUUCAUGACGGAAGGACACAACAAUACCUUGGUUCAGGAACUAGUGGAUCGAUGUGCCAGCGGAGAACUCGGUGAUGAACCGCAUGAACGAGCAUUCAAUUAUUACAAGUGUUUUUGGAGAAAAAGUUUGAAGUUCGAUAGGUUGGUCUGAUUAAUUGAAAUAUACCAAAGUAUUUAGAAUAAUCUGAAC